AUGAUGUCCAGAGCCUUCACGGCCAAACCCAGGAAGAACUUCAGGCACCGAACGACGACGUAUGGAAGGAGCAAAUCGGCUUCGGUCAGCGAAUACGACGACUACUCAAGCUUGGUCGUGGGGCUCAUGGAGGACAUGCCGUUGGUGCAGUGCGGCCAUGGAAAGAGCAAGUUCUCGACGUCGUCCUUAAUAUUAUCAUGUGGGCUUGAGCCAACCAGUAGUAGUAGUACGGCCGCUAAUAUUUGUGGCGAUGAGAACUACAACUGGGCCAAGGUGAGUUUGAAGGUGGUGUUGAGAGCUUCGGUUGGGGUUUUGGGGGUCAGUCGGGUGGGGAUGACGGAGAAGGUGGUGUUGUACGGCGGAAAGAUGUGCGUUUUGAAGAGGUUAGGGAAACCUAGCGUCGGGAAAGUUGAGUUUGGGAAGAGGGUUGAGCGCUUCGCUCACGUGAGCCGCAUGUGCGAGUAUCUCGUCCCUUUUAGGGCUUAUCUUUAUGCCAAGAGGAUUAAGUUUGUGGUUUCUGAUUAUUACCCCAUGGGCAGCCUCGCUGAUUUGCUUGCUGGGAGUAGGCAACAUGGACACACGGCAUUGGAGUGGGAUCAAAGACUAACAAUAGUUCUCCACAUCGCUCGAGCCAUUGACUUCAUCCACAAACUAUCUCCGGCCCAAGAGAAGGGCAUGAAGCUCAACGUGCAUGGCAACAUAAAGGCCUCGAACGUCAUCAUAAGCACCGAUUUCUCGGCCUGCUUGUCCGACUACGGCACCCUCCAGCUCGCCGAUCAGCGUGUGGAGUUUUCCGAGUCGUGGCAGUGGAAUAAGGGGGCAGCCGCACUAGUGCCGCCGGAGGUUUACUUGGCUGAUCUUUGUCAGAAGUGUGAUGUGUUCAAUUUUGGGGUGACAAUACUAGACAUGUUAGGAGGACCAGAAGGGACUAAUUUGGUCAUGUCGAGUAAGUUGGUAUUAGAGAUCAAAGAAAAAAUUGUGCUAGGUGAGAUCGAGUUUUUCGAGUUUCCGUUAGAGGAAGGGAAAGAGUGGACGCAAGCCUCUCAAGUUUUGGACAUUGCUUUGGCCUGCACCAAUAGAUCACCCGAGGCUAGGCCUUUGAUUCAACAGAUAUUGUUACACCUUGAAGAUGGUCUUGUAGGAAGACCUGUUUUUGGUCGUGGUGCUGGUGGUUUUGGUGCAGGGCCAGCCAGCUCUGACUUUUCUUGA